AUGGAAGAAUUUUUGCAACGCGCCAAGUCCAAACUGAAUAGAAGCAAACGCUUGGGAAAAGUCCACGUGGUGAUUGGAUGUAAGUCGUGUGAUUUGGAUUCUCUCAUUUCUACCUUCACCUAUGCUUACUUUCUAGAGAAGGUCAGCCCGCCGGGGGUUCUGUGUUUACCUGUGCUGAACAUCCCAAGAACUGAAUUCAACUAUUUCACUGAGACCAGGUUUAUUUUAGAAGAGCUAAAUAUCUCUGAGUCAUUCCACAUAUUCCGAGAUGAAAUUAACCUGCAUCAGCUAAAUGAUGAAGGGAAGUUAUCCUUAACGCUCGUGGGCAGCAACGUCCUGGCCAGCGAGGACCAAACCUUAGAGUCAGCCGUUGUCAAAAUCAUUAAUCCCUUGGAGCAGAGCGAGGCUGGGUUUGUCGUCCCAGAGUCUUCCUCCUCCCUCGUGGUGAAUGAGAUUCUCCAGGAGGCUCCUGAGCUCAUCACCGAGCAACUCGCUCAUCUCCUCAGAGGUAGCAUCCUUUUCCAGUGUAUGACCAUGGAGGCAGAGAAUAUCUCAGAGAAACAGGAGGAGAUCCUCUCCACCCUCGAGGAGAAAUUUCCCAAUUUGCCCCCAAGAGAAGACAUCAUCAGGGUCUUGCAAGAGACUCAGUUUAGUGCUCAAGGUUUAAGUAUUGAGCAGACAAUGCUUAAGGAUCUAAAGGAACUGACAGACGGAGAAAUCAAAGUGGCUGUUAGUUCUGUGAAUAUGACCCUGGAGAACUGCACUUUUCACAGGAAUAUGGCCAGCGAUCUGAAAGCAUUUACAGACAGGUACGGGUUUGACGUCCUCAUCCUCUUGGCCAAUGGCACAUCAGAGGAGCAACAACCGAAGCAACAGAUCGCCGUGUACUCCGAGAACCUAGAGCUAGGCAGCCAGAUUUGCUGUGAACUGGAGGAGUCUCAGAACCCUUGCCUAGAAUUGGAGCCCUUUGAGUGUGGCUGUGACGAGAUCCUGGUGUACCAGCAGGAGAACCCUUCCGUGACUUCUGAUCAAGUCGUUCUCCUGGUCAAGGAAGUCAUCAACCGGCGGUGUUCAGAGAUGGUCUCCAACAGCCGGACGUCGUCCACAGAAGCUGUGGCAGGCAGCGCCCCACUGUCCCAGGGGUCUUCUGGGAUCAUGGAGUUGUAUGGUUCUGAUGUAGAGCCACAGCCCAGCUCUGUGAAUUUCAUAGAAAACCCUCCAGAUCUCAGUGAUUCCAACCAGGCUCAGGUGGAUGUCAACAUCGACCUCGUUAGCCCAGACAGCGGGCUGGCCACCAUUCGAAGCAGCCGUUCAUCCAAGGAGAGCUCUGUUUUCCUCAGUGAUGACAGCCCAGUAGGGGAGGGGGGUGGGCUUCACCACAGCCUCCUCCCCGGGUUUGACUCCUAUAGCCCCAUCCCUGAAGGGGCAAUUGCUGAGGAGCACACACGCCCAGAAGAACAUGCGGAACACUUUGACCUCUUCAACUUUGAUUCUGCACCAAUGGUUUCUGGGCAAUCCCAGCCAUCUUCCCAUUCAGCUGACUUCUCACCAGAAGAUGAUUUCUUCCCCAACUCUGAUUCAUCAGAAGGACAGCUCCCCACCGGCCCUAAACUACUUGAUGAGAUAGGAGUCAACAUGUCUAGCUACUCAUCCAGUUCACUUUUGUCAACAACUGGCAAAGAUAGCCUUGUGGAGUUCGAUGAGGAGUUUGUCCAGAAGCAAGAAAGUCCUACAGAGGACUUGGAAAGAAGUUUGAAUGUGACAGAUUUUGUGAGAGCCGAAUCUCCUACACCAGAAAGAUUUAAAAGUACUGGAAAGCGAAUUCCACCAACACCUAUGAAUAGCUUUGUAGAGAGCUCUCCAACCUCUGAAGAGCGAGUCAUGCACUAUCCGGAAGAUGUUACCGCCAAUGCAGUUGGCACAGGCCACACAGGAGCACCUCAGUCCCGUGCACGAUGCAGCAGCUGGUGGGGGGAAUUAGAAAUGGACUCUAAAAAUGUUGAUAAUGCCUGGAGUUCCAGUGAACAGGAGUCUGUAUUCCAGAGCCCCCCCAAGGCAUGGAAAGGUCCAACCCCAGCAGAUAGGAGAGCCUCAGAUUCUGUUUUUCAACCAAAGAGUCAUGAAUUCUCAAAGUCACGUCUCUGGGAAUCUGAAUUUGGCCAGCCUGUACUGGGGAGCAGUGAGAAUCAAGACCAGGCUGAGGGAAAUUUGCAGCUUCCAGACCUGCCGGCUGAGCAAGCACGUUUAUCUAAUGCUUCUCCUCAGGGAACCAGCCACCUGAUAGAGAACUUUUCUGCGCUGUGGCAUUCUGACCACUCUCCUGUGACCAUGCCUGAGCCCUGGGGGAACCCCACAGAUGAGAGUGACCCAGACACUGGGGGCGCCUUCCCUGCCUGGAGAGCAUUUGGUAAAGAAGAGAGCACCAAAGCUUUGAAAAAUACCUGGAAUCUGCACCCAAUGAGCAGUGAAACACCUUCUGUGAUGGACCUGAAUGAGUGGGCCAUGGCAAAGGGCGGCUUCUCUUUCCGCUCUGAAGAUCUAGUCGACAGCUCUCCCGGUAAUGCCAAUAACGAAGCCACCCCAAAAAUCUGGGGCAAGAAGAACAAUGACACCAGAGAUAAUAUCCUGGCAUCUGGAAAUCCCACUUCCAAUCUGGAUCAUGUGUGGGAUCAUUCAAAGCCACCAGUGGGGGAUCAGAAUGGUUUGGUGGAUCUUAAAAUUAGGGAGAAGGCAUAUGAAAAAGUGGAUUCCUGGAACCUUUUUGAGGAGAGCAACCAGAAAGGAGUUUCAGACGUCCUCGCUCCUUGGGAAGAUUCCUUCUUAUCCUACAAAUGCUCUGACUACAGCACAUCCAAUGUCGGUGAAGAUUCUGUGCCUUCCCCCUUAGAUACCAACUACUCUACCUCUGACUCUUACACCUCACCAACAUUUGCUGGAGAUGAAAAAGAAGCAGGAAGCAAGCCAUUUAAUAAAGAGGAAGGUGUCAAGACAACAGAUGCCAACUCCUCCACAGAGGAGCCCGGAAUGCCUCCUCAUUCACCGCAGCAGCCAUCCAGAAAUCGAAUUAGUUCUGGUCCUGGGAACUUAGAAAUGUGGACGCUGUCUCACACAGAUGACAAUCUUGCAAUAAAUACCACUCAAACCCCAGAUAAGGAUUUCCUCCAGACCGAGCAACUGCACGAGAAGAACCUCUCCGUGGAGGAUGAGGCUGGGGACAGCAGCCUGUCCAGCUACGAUGACCCCAGGAUGAUGCAGCUGUACAACGAGACUAACCGACAGCUCACACUCUUGCAUAGUAGUACCAACUCCCGGCAGGGGGCGCCCGAGAACGACUUGUGGAACAAGGUGAUCCUGGAGGACACGCAGUCCACCGCCACCAUCUCGGACAUGGAUAACGAUUUGGACUGGGAUGACUGCAGUGGCGGGGUGGCCAUCUCCAGUGAAGGUCAAGCGCAAAGUUAUGCUCCAGAAGGUACUGAACCGGAAACUCGCUUUUCAGUGCGACAGUUAGAGCCGUGGGGCGUGGAGUAUCCUGAAGCAACUCAAGUCGACUGGGAACCUCCAGCCUCCUCCGAGCCCAGCGAGGAUACUGCUCCCAACAAACUGAAUGAGAAAAGUGGGCAGCUCAUUGCAAACAGCAUCUGGGAUUCCGUCAUAAGAGAUAACAACAUGACAUCCUUCAUGUUGCCUAGUCCAUCACCUAUGACAGAUUCACAACAAAGUAAAGUGACUCCUGAAACUCCUGGCUCACCAGAACAAGUCAAGGAUGGUCACAUCCCAGAGGCGCUAGAGGCCUCUAGAGUCAGUCCUCAGGGAGCGCUUACAACAGACGCCCACAAGCAGGACAUAGGGGAAGAAACCUUCCAGGGUGAUUCAGCAUCCUUGGCGCCCAGCCUGGAGAACCCGGGGCCUUUUGAACCCUCAAAUCUAUGGAAAGGUUCUAACACUGGACAAAGUGAGAAGGAAGCCUUUACAUCCACUGAUGGAGAGUACGUGAGUGAGGAGGAGAUGACAAGCUCUGAGGAGGACAGUGUCCCCUGGAGUUCUGGAAAGGGUGGAAGUGACCGGGACCUCUCUUCUCCAGUUGCAUCUGAGCAUUACAAAAGCUCCAUGGAAUUAGGCACCGUCACUGUCGAAGAUCCCUCAGCCACUUCCAGUCCUCAGAUUGAGGAACGAGAAGAGACUUUAGAGCAGGAGAAGGGAUCUUGUAACCUGGACUCCUGGGGUCUUCAAACAGGAAUGUCUACAAACAACAUGCAAGCAAACUUGAGUGAGUCUACUGAAGUUUCAGAUAGUGCACAUUUAACAGAAAGUGGAUCUUUAUUGGAAAUGAAGGCUGAAAAAACAGCAGAAUGCCACAUUCUAGAGCCGGAGAGAAUUAAUGAAAUGCUGCCUCAUGAAGUGCCCCAGAACCCUGACAUUUCAGAUGACCCUAAAGAGAUCAAUGUGCAAGACAGCUGCACAAGUCCUGAGAUCCCCACGAAUCUUGAAGUUAAGAGUAUGGAAAACAGUCUUCUAGGAGGUAAUUCACCUGGAAACUAUGGCAAAGUUAGUGUCUCCAGUGAGUACACACAAUCAAGUGCAUCAAGCCCAGAUCUGUAUGAUUCUUCAGCCUCAUUGCUUCCCUGGAGCCACAUGCCCAAUACCGAUCCUGAGAAAGAAAGUCGAGAUAAUUGGAGUGGACAGAAUCCCCAAGAAUCUGACGCAAUUACCACAGAUGGCCAAGUAAGAGUAAAUACUGAAAUGGAAGACCUGGAGAAAAUACGAAUGGAAGCGUUUGAAAAGAGCUUUGAGCACAAAGUGCCUAAAUUUUUGGAGAUCUGGAAUUACUCGGUAGAUGGUGAUUCCUUGUCCUCAUUAUCUAGCCCGGAGGCAGGUAAAUGUUCUGAAUUCUCAAGUGUACAUCAGGAGAGAAAUCUCAUAGUUGACCAUCAGGAGAAAAACAAAUGUGACACUCCUGAAAUUGUACAGCCAGAGGAUACCAACUUUAACUCAUCAAGCUCGGGCUCUGACGAUGAUAGUUCAGAUGAUGAAGAGUCAGCAGAGAAAGAAAAUAAUCUGGUUACUUAUCAAGAUGCACAAAGCAAAUCCAGAGCUUGGAACUUAUCAAGUGAGUCUAAUCAGUUCUUGACCACAGAAGACCACAACAUUCAGGAAUGCUCGGAACACAUAGAAUGUUCAGAACAAGCAGAGGAAGAAAAUAAGUCAAACCCAUUUUAUGAUGACCAGCAAAGCAGCCCUGAUCACUGGACCUUCUCACCACAAUUAGAGACCGAAAUACACAUUACAUCAGUGAAUGAGGAGACAAAAUCUUCUCCAGAAGCAGUAAAUACAGGAGACAGUGCUUGGCAAAUAUCUCCCCAGACUGAACAACAGAACAAAAACCAUUCUAAAUUGGAAAUGCUUGGCUUCUCAACUGAGAGUACAGAAUGGUGGGCUGCCUCUCCACAAGAAGGAAGACCAGAUGAGAGGGCUUUUGAAGGGACACUGUCAAACUCAAGUGAUGUAUUAGAGAGAAAUUCUUCCAAAGUCUACCAAAAUGUAGAUCCUUGGGGAGUUCCCGUUCCUGGUGAUGUUGAAUUCACAGAAGCACAUUAUACCAGUCCUUUCAAAGAUGAGCCGCAGUCUACCUUUCUAGAUAGUAAUGAGAAGAGCUCCCAUGAGCUGCUUUGGAACAUUCAACCAAAAGAGACAGACUCAGACGUUGAGGAGCUUACCCAGCAGGAAACAGUGGACCAAAUUAAAGAAAAGGAUUCCAGAGACCAAAUCUUCCCAGCUUCUGUGAGUGAUGAACUUUCUUCUGAAACACAUACCCAUGAGCAGUGCCAGGAUACUAUGCUGCCAGAUGGGAAUCAGCCAGACCAAACAUUUCUCCACUCAGGUGAAAAUGAAUGUGUUAUUUCUCACGUGUCAGCUUUUGAGUGUCAAGAAACAAAUUGGUGGGAACAAGAAAACACACACACUAGUGAAACCACCAACUCAAGAACUGCCUCAGAAGAUGCCCCUGUUGUCAGUUCUCCUACCGAAUCAAUGAAGAAGUCAGAGUCUGGACAGAAUGAUUCUUCUGGCCCUAGUGAGGGACCUCAGGGCACGUUUGCUCCAGAUAUUUUACAUGGCAACUUCCAGGAGGCUGGACAACUGGCCUCUGCUUCUCCUGACUUGUGGAUGGAUGCAAAGCAGCCCUUCAGUUUGAAAGCAGAUGGUGAGAAUCCUGAUAUACUGACUCACUGUGAACUCGAGAGCAGCUCGCAGGCUUCCAAUAGCCCUGAUAUAUACCAUGAUUAUGAAGCAAAGCAGGAGAUGGAGCACCAUAUUAGUGCUUGGAUGGAACCUGAAGUAGAAUCCAUGGAGUUGUAUGUCACAGAGCCAAAUGUGCAUGAAGAGCCCAUUCAAGAGCUUGGGCAGGAAUGUGUCUCGGGACAUUCAGGACUCUAUUCUGAAAAUGCCAUUCCACUGCCUGCAAUCAGCGAACAUGCAAUUUCAAGUUCAACAUCUCAGCUGGCCUCUCAUGAAGCCCCUCUAGAACCUUCUGAAAUAAAUAAUGAAAGCAAUAUAAAUUUAGGAAUCUCAGAAACAGCAACCAGCUCAAAGGAGGUGCCAGUCUUGGAACUUUUUGACAGAACAAUCUCUGUGGUGGAACAUGUAGGCACCAGUAUUUUUGUGACUCAACCAGAGCCAGCUGUGGAUGGUAACAGUCACUGGGGAUCUGAAAGUCUUGCUCCUGAAAGUCAGACAGAAGCACAAGCCUUGCUUGACUAUGAACAGCCUUUUGCUACUGGGAAUCCUGCCUCUGUCACUGACAGCCUGCCAGUCUCAGACCCAGGCAUGGAUGUAAGUGAAGCUGCCUUUGAUCACAGUUUCAGUGAGGCCUCGGGCCUCAACACAUCAACGGGGACCAUAGAUGACAUGAGUAAGCUGACAUUAUCGGAAGGCAAUCCUGAAACCCCAGUGGAUGGAGAUGCAGGGAAGCAAGAUAUCUGUUCUUCAGAAGCCUCGUGGGGUGAUUUUGAAUAUGACAUAAUGGGUCAAAAUAUUGACGAAGACUUUGUGAAAGAGCCCGAUCACUUUCUCUAUGGUGCUGACCCUCCUUUGGAGGAAGAUGGACAGAAGCAACUGCUGGCACCAUACACACCUCCCUUCGAUUUGUCCCACCUCACAGAACCUGUCCGAGGUGCUGGGACGACAGAGGAAGCUGCGUCUCCAGAGGAUGAAUCCCUGGACAGCGACGCUGCAGAGCUGUCGCUCUCUGCCCUGCCUGAUCGAAGAGUCAAGAAAAGCCCCACAGAGUGGGGAAGUGGGCAGCCGGAACCCCAGCUGGUGGCACUGCGUAUUCACGAAGAUUCCGACUCCCUCUCUUUGCCUGUAAGAGGAGGUUCAAAUGUCGACUUGUCUCCAACGAGCAAUGGUGACUGGGACUUAGAAACAGAAAAUUUUUAUUCCCCAGCAGGUGGAGACAUAGGACCACCAAAUGGUGGCAAUAACAGGGUACUAGACUUGGAAGAAGAAAAAAUAAUUCCUUCCAAAGACUCUGAGAAAUUGAAAUCAGAGUACAAAGAAGGAUACACUGAGAAGAAUGAAGGUCAGCAUGCCCUGCACAUGGGUUAUAUACUUGUAAACCCUGAAGAACAUUCGCCUCAGAGGCCAGAGGCCUGUGAAGCAAGAGAAAGUGCCUUUCAAUUAGAAGAAUCUCAAACAAGUGCUGAAAAAAUGGGGCUGCCAGGAACGCAAUUAGAAAUCACCCCAGACACAUUUAAGUCAACUCCCUUGAGUGAAAGAAAAGACCCUUUUUGCGACAGUGAGGUUUCCAAAACCAACAAGAAAUCUCCUGAAAGCCCCGGGCAAGACCAGGAUUGGAUGGUGUUGGGCCACAGUGAGAUUGGUGGUCUACCCCUGGAAGGAGAUUCCAGUCAGCUGGAAUUCAAGAUCUCGGGGUCUGGAUGUUCUCCCGGGGCUGUGGAGCUGGCCGCAGAUCCCAGCCCAGGCAAGGGUUACCAGAAGCAGGCUCUGGAAGUGGUGAAGCCUCUGGAAUCCAUCGCAGUAGAGGAAGCCUCUGCUCUGAACAGCCAGUCAAGGAAGACUACGAGCCAAGGCCAGGCUGGGCCGGAAGCUGCUCUGUUGCCUGCUGUCACCCAUGACAAUGAAUGGGAAAUGCUUUCACCACAACCCUCUCCGAAAAACACGGUCCCCGAAGCGGAAAUGGAGGAGGAGACAGAGUUCCUGGAGCCCAGAUCAGGGAAACCAAGACCAGACGGACUGCUGGCAGAGGAUGUAGGGAUGGACAUCCCCUUUGAGGAGGGAAUGCUGAGCCCCAGUGCUGCAGACAUGAGGCCUGAACCUCCUAAUUCUCUGGAUCUUAAUGGUUCUCAAUCUCGCCGAAUCAAGCUCACAGCCCCAAAUAUCAACCUUUCUCUGGAUCAGAGUGAAGGCUCUAUUCUUUCUGAUGAUAAUCUCGACAGCCCAGAUGAGAUUGACAUAAACGUGGACGAGCUUGACACGCCUGACGAAGCUGACUCCUUCGAAUACACUGUGCACGAGGACACCACAGCCAACAAAGAUUCUGGUCAAGAGUCGGAGUCUAUUCCAGAAUACACAGCAGAAGAGGAGCGGGAAGACAACCGGUUGUGGAGGACGGUGGUGAUUGGAGAGCAAGAGCAGCGGAUUGACAUGAAGGUCAUUGAGCCCUACAGGAGAGUGAUUUCACACGGAGGAGAUUCAGGAUACUAUGGGGACGGUCUAAAUGCCAUCAUUGUGUUUGCUGCCUGUUUUCUGCCAGACAGCAGUCGGGCGGACUACCACUAUGUCAUGGAAAAUCUUUUCCUAUAUGUAAUAAGCACUUUGGAGUUGAUGGUAGCCGAAGACUAUAUGAUUGUGUAUUUGAAUGGUGCAACCCCAAGACGAAAGAUGCCAGGGCUAGGCUGGAUGAAGAAAUGCUACCAGAUGAUUGACAGACGGUUACGGAAGAAUUUAAAAUCAUUCAUCAUUGUGCAUCCUUCUUGGUUCAUCAGAACAAUCCUUGCAGUGACACGGCCUUUUAUAAGCUCAAAAUUCAGCAGUAAAAUUAAAUACGUCAGUAGUUUAUCGGAACUCAGUGGGCUGAUUCCAAUGGAUUGCAUCCACAUCCCAGAAAGCAUCAUCAAACUGGAUGAAGAACUGAGAGAAGCAACCGAAGCAGCUAAGUACGACUCAGUUUUCAUUUAG